CUCCUAAGCAAGACACUCAAUUCUCUUCGGUUCUAGAAUUCUGGAACAUAUCCACGAGCUCGAACUGACACGACUUUUGGGAACUUCGCAUGCUUGUUGUCUACCAAAGUAAUUCAAUGUCCACCCGAAAGCGCGUGUCGCAAGCUUGCAAGCUCUGUGAGUGCAGCGACUACUCAUACCCUUCUGCCGAGUGCCCCUACCCUGCGAAGAACCAUUGACUGACGCACUUGCAAUCUAUAGGUGCCAUAAAGAAGGUGAAAUGCGAUGGAGCUCUACCCAAGUGUGGACCAUGUGUAAUUCGAAGUGAAGAAUGCGAAUAUGGAAUAUCCAAGAGAAGGUCGGUCUUCUACGGAAGCAGAAACACAGUUAAAGUAAUGCCAAUUGGCUGACCACGACGCAUACAGGAGACAGUUUUAUACCCCCCCAUCAAAUUCCGCAACCUCGCCAAAUCCCCAGUCCAGGACGCUCAAUAAUCUCUCCCUCCCUCCUACGGGCCCCUCCCCCUCCCACUUCAUAUCCCCCAAUGGCGCACCAUUACCACACCUCGCCCAUCGUCUAUUAAGUCCAACUUUUGAUAUCUCACCCGACAUAUCCAAAAGAUUGUUUCAGGUCUACUUUGCUACCAUACAUCCAAUGUGGCCUUUAUUAUAUAAACCUUUACAUACCUCUCUAGACUACACUUACCCUUCUCCGGGCAUACCUGAAAGCUUAGUGCUUGCGAUAUUCUCAAUUGCGAGCUGUGCAGAUCGAGCAGAUAAUCAAGGUCCAGACCUUGAAAAAUCCCCAGACAACUAUCCUGAGCCUCAAGUCUUCUUCGAGGAGGCUCUGAACCUCCUCCAGCAAGCCCCAGGAGAAGACCGCUCUCGAAGGUUAUUGAACGCUUUUGUACCAUCAAUUUCAACAUGUCAGGUACUCGCCAUAUUAGCUCUGCAGCAACAUGGCGUGGCCGAAUAUACUCGUGCUGCUUUGCUUUGCAAUCUUGCAUGCGGUAUGGCUAUCGAGUUACAACUACACAGAGUAUACGAGCCGAAUGAGCCCGUUGAACGGGAAAUUCGUUCUCGUCUUUGGUGGAAUUUGUAUAUAUUGGAAAAGAUGAUGUCAAGCGAACAGGGUCGCCCGAUUAUUCUUCGUGUUGAAGAGUCUGACUGCCCUUGGCCUUCCACAUCAGAAUCCGACGAGUUUGAACUAAUGCCCAUACAAGCGUCGCAUAAUCAGACCAAUGGCUUGAGUCGAAGUAACCACUCUGUCAAGAUGCAAACUAUGUCUGCGUUGCAUACAACAAUAUCUCUCUCUAUAAUUCUGGAGCGCGUUCAUCGUGAAAUAUAUGGACUCGCAGCUCGAAAGAAUAUCCGGGAAGACCAAGUAGCGGGUGAGAGAACUAGACUACUGUUACUUCAGCAAUUACGAAAAUGGGAAAGUGAUUUCGAAGCUUCGCCAUUGAGACUAGAUCUCGAGGAAAUGACAUCAGUACCUGCUGCAAUCACAAAUAUUGUUAUGUGAGAAGACUCGUUCACAUUUCAAUCCGUAAACGCUAACAGUGACUCAAUAGAAUGCUGACUGGAGUCAUAAUGUGUAACCGCCCAUUCAUUCUUAGUUGGAGACCAGGAACAUCGGAUGUGCCAUUUAAUGGUCACGAGGAAAGCCCAUUCGAUAUAUGUCUUCAAGCUGCACAGAAUAUGUGUAGCAUUCUAGAGAAAUACUUGGAGCGUUUGUCAUGGUGGCCAUGCGAUAUGGUUUUCAGCAUAUUUGUUGCGGCAACUGUUCUUUUGCAUCACUCGAAACAGGCGAGUGGUGAGGUAGCGGUAGAAACAAAAGGUCGCUUAAAGCUCUGUAUCCAUUGGCUAUCAGUUCUUGGAAAGAGUUGGAAAACCGCUGGAGCGAGGCAGCAGCUACUUGCUGAUUGUAAGUACAAACAAACGAUUGAUGGCGCGGAGAUUUUGCUGAUGUAUCGUAUCUAGUGUUUGAUCUACCCCAGUCAUUGCAGCAAAAUGCUUCCAACGACGUUCCAAUGCAGCAGAGUAUGAAUGCUAUGCAAGGUUUUUCUCAGCAACAACCAGCUGGACACUUGACACUUAUUCCGCCACCAGGCAAUCAAAUUCAGCCUCCUGGAACGAAUGUAGCGGGAGCCAGUAGCCAAGCCAAUUGGUCAUUUUUGAAGGAAUUCGGUGAUUCCACUGAUCAAUUUUACUCCUGGGAUAUUGAGCUUCGAAAUUUACUUGAUGCAGAGCAUAAACUGGAUGCCUUCGCUUUUACCUGAUUGGCUUCAUUUUCUCGAAAGCACAAACGAAAAUAUCACGACGGGGACCUUCUUGGCGGUGUACGUGUACUUCGUAUUUACCUCUUUUCACAAUCGCAUAUGCAAGUGGGGAUUGAAUCUACGCUCCGGGUGGUAUACGGGUAUAUUACAACGAUAUAAAGGACUCCACGCCGAUUUUCCAAAGAAGGAAAAGUGCAAGAGGUCCAGUUUUACCGACGUGCCGACAAUUACAGAAUGUUUAAUCAUCUGAGAAGUCAUCAGUCGUCAGAAAACUCAAAAGCAAGCAGAAGUGGAUCAAUGGUUACAUGGUAGGCACUAGUCAGGCUGGUGCGACGAGAUUUUACCAUGCGAUCAGGUGUAUUGUCAUUGGUGAUUUGGUCAUAUAGAUAGGCGUAAGUGUAGGAAGG